AUGGCUGAAAAAGGGGACGAGCAGUACGCCGGAGAGCAAGGAACUAUUUUCCUUCCGCCUGCAGCGAAGCAGGCUGAAAAUGGUGUCGACGCCUCCGUUCCGGCGACUCAGCCGAACGUGCUGACACCCGAUGCAGCAGAUGCGAGGGAGAACUCCGACUUACUCUCCGAGAGGUCUGAGGUGGAGGAACGGAUUGUCUCUGAUCCGUCUGCUACACCGGAUCCCUUUCCUGGCUUGAAGCGUGUCGCAUAUCAGCACUCUGGCGGCUUCGACGGUGCUCCACGAGCGGAUGUGGAUGAAUCAGAAUCUCCCCUCUCGCCCGCUGACGAGGGCAGCCCAAGGCCUGGGUUCCUGUCCUGUUCGAUUUCUUCGGAUUCGCUCAUCUACUCCACCAGCAGCUGUCCCCAGCGGAAUGGCGGCGGUCUUCAGCUUGGCGAAGACCAACGAAACGAGACGGGGGGUCAGCAAGACUCGCAUGCAGACAGCCGGUACAGCAGUACCGGGGUGACGCCUCUGUGUGUGUCUGGCUCAUCAACGCCUCGAAGCUCGCCGCUCUUCCACGUACCACCCGAAGCUCAGGAUUCUGCAGGCGUCCCCCUUGGCCGCCCCUCUGCUGAACCUACGUCAGACGCGCUGCCUGGGGCUGAGCAGCUUGCAUCCUCUGCACGACUUUUGCAGCAUACGCCGUCAGGCCGCGAACUCCAGGGCGCGAGCACCGCAUGUGGACAGUCUCUCAGCGGGCCUUCAGGCAUCGAUGUCAAAGAGCGUCCGGCGCGAGUCAGCACGUGGGUUCCAGUAGGCGACCUAGGCCAAGACAAACGUACAACCGACUCGUUCCUCUUCCAGAAUCUGGAGCAGCACGUAUGGCGCAUCCGGCUAGCCAGGGAACUUCUUGCCGGGCUCAUCGGCAUGCAGGCCGUCUUUUCUCUGACCAGCUUCAUGUUCGAUAAUGCGGCUGCCGGGAUUGUGGCGCUCUUCUGCAUGCUCGGCAGCAUGUUCGCGCAUGCGGAUCGGAGGCCGGCUUCCUACUUACUUACUGCCUUUCUGGCGCUGGCGCUGGCCUCCACGGUGCUGGUAGCCAUCUGCACGCGCGUCCACGGCUUUGAGUCGUACUACGAGGACGACGCUCUGCAGCUUGUGAGCGUUGGCCAGGUUGCGGUGCUGCUGCUGGUCAGUGUCAUCGCCGCUAUUCUCACUAAGCUCACCAUGAACUUGGAAAAGAAGCAGAAGAAGAAAGCCGAAAGCUGCACGGCAGGGCCUGGGCAGCUGGUGCUGCCGGGGGCACUCUCCAGUGCGCUACUACAGCGCGGCGCUUCCAAUGCUCACUACGUCUUCAGAACCGCUGGAUCGACUGCCGCCGCUGCGACGCUCGAGACGCGUCCGGUCAUCAGCAUUCCGCCUCUCUUGCCGGAAGAGGAGAACGAGGGGGGGCAGAGACAGGAGGCUCGCACUUGGGUCGACGCGACUCUAUCAAGAGAACGGCUGUGGCUUGUCAACAGUAGUAGUGUACUGUCUGCGUAG